UCCCUGACGGCGAGCGCGGACGGCCCGGAGGCGGCGGCUGUGAGCUGGCAGGCGGAGGGUUGUCUCCCGCGCCCGCCUGCCCGGCGCGGUCCGAGGAUGCGGGGGGGCGAUGCCCGGGGCCAGGGACGCGCUCUGUCACCAGGCGCUGCAGCUGCUGGCCGAGCUCUGUGCCCGUGGGGCCCUGGAGCACGACAGCUGCCAGGAUUUCAUCUACCACCUGCGGGACCGCGCCAGACCCCGGCUCCGCGACCCAGAUAUCUCGGUGAGCCUGCUGACCCUUGUGGUCACUGCCUGUGGCCUCGCGCUUUUUGGCGUGUCUCUCUUCGUGUCUUGGAAACUCUGCUGGGUUCCGUGGCGAGAACGAGGCCUGCUGUCUGGUAGCAAAGACAAUAAUCGGGAACCUCUUAACUACACGGACACAGAAACCAACGAGCAGGAGAACAGUGAGGGCUUCCUAGACCCUCCCACCCCCUGCCCUGACUCCUCCAUGAAGAUCAGCCGUACCUCCCCGGACAUUGCCCUCUCGACCCAGGCCGGGGGCCAGGAGAACUGUGCCCAUGGCGUCCGUGUGCAGCGCCAAGUCACAGAGCCAACCUCGUCGGCCCGGCAUAAUUCAAUCCGAAGACAACUCAACCUGUCCAACCCGGACUUCAACAUCCAGCAGCUUCAAAAACAGGAACAGUUGACUGGAAUUGGUCGAAUUAAACCAGAGCUAUAUAAGCAGAGGUCAUUGGAUACUGAUGAUGGGACAAGGGGUAACAGCAAAGCCUGUGGGAAACUGAAUUUCAUUUUAAAAUAUGACUGUGACUUAGAGCAGCUCAUAGUGAAAAUUCACAAAGCUGUCAAUUUGCCUGCCAAGGACUUUUCCGGGACUUCAGAUCCUUAUGUCAAGAUCUAUUUGCUUCCCGAUCGGAAAACCAAACACCAGACUAAAGUUCACAGAAAGACCCUGAACCCUGUGUUUGAUGAAGUGUUUUUGUUUCCAGUUCCCUACAAUGACCUUGCGGCCCGGAAGCUUCACUUCUCUGUGUAUGACUUCGACAGGUUCUCUCGCCAUGACCUCAUCGGCCAAGUGGUGGUGGAUCACUUCUUAGACUUGGCUGAUUUCCCCAGGGAGUGCAUCCUUUGGAAGGAUAUCGAGUAUGUCACCAACGUAAGUCCAGCAUUUCUUCAUUCUGGGGGCGGGUUCUUGGUCCACACACAAACAGAUAACUUAUACCUUAUUUUAUUGCGGGGACGAAGUAUAAAAUUCACGCAUAAUUCAAUCCGAAGACAACUCAACCUGUCCAACCCGGACUUCAACAUCCAGCAGCUUCAAAAACAGGAACAGUUGACUGGAAUUGGUCGAAUUAAACCAGAGCUAUAUAAGCAGAGGUCAUUGGAUACUGAUGAUGGGACAAGGGGUAACAGCAAAGCCUGUGGGAAACUGAAUUUCAUUUUAAAAUAUGACUGUGACUUAGAGCAGCUCAUAGUGAAAAUUCACAAAGCUGUCAAUUUGCCUGCCAAGGACUUUUCCGGGACUUCAGAUCCUUAUGUCAAGAUCUAUUUGCUUCCCGAUCGGAAAACCAAACACCAGACUAAAGUUCACAGAAAGACCCUGAACCCUGUGUUUGAUGAAGUGUUUUUGUUUCCAGUUCCCUACAAUGACCUUGCGGCCCGGAAGCUUCACUUCUCUGUGUAUGACUUCGACAGGUUCUCUCGCCAUGACCUCAUCGGCCAAGUGGUGGUGGAUCACUUCUUAGACUUGGCUGAUUUCCCCAGGGAGUGCAUCCUUUGGAAGGAUAUCGAGUAUGUCACCAACGACAACGUGGAUCUUGGAGAGCUGAUGUUUUCCCUCUGCUAUCUUCCAACUGCUGGCAGGCUGACCAUUACCGUUAUAAAAGCAAGGAAUUUAAAGGCAAUGGACAUAACAGGAGCAUCAGGUCUUCUUCACCGUAACUGUGAACUAGUCCUAAAGUCUACAUGUGUUGAUGCAGUUUACCUCACUGGGUCUUUCCUCAGAUAUAAGCAGUCCCCGUCUCAGGUCUAUGGAAGAGACAACGUGGAUCUUGGAGAGCUGAUGUUUUCCCUCUGCUAUCUUCCAACUGCUGGCAGGCUGACCAUUACCGUUAUAAAAGCAAGGAAUUUAAAGGCAAUGGACAUAACAGGAGCAUCAGAUCCCUACGUGAAAGUGUCGCUGAUGUGUGACGGCAGACGACUGAAGAAGAGGAAAACAUCCACCAAGAGGAACACUCUGAACCCUGUUUACAACGAAGCCAUAGUCUUUGAUGUCCCUCCCGAGAACAUUGACCAAAUCCACUUGUCCAUAGCUGUCAUGGACUACGACCGUGUAGGUCAUAAUGAGAUCAUCGGCGUGUGUCAAGUAGGCAACGAAGCUGAGAGGCUGGGCAGAGACCACUGGAGUGAAAUGUUGUCGUAUCCUCGGAAGCCCAUCGCACACUGGCAUUCCUUGGUGGAGAAACGAUGAGUAUUGGUAAGAGGAUCGUUUGUGCCAAGGACACAGUGGGACAGCCACCUUACAAAGAUCUUAAGUAACUUUUCCCAUCCAACAACGCCCGGACGACUCCAGUGACCAAAUGCUGAGCUGCAACCACAGCAAUAACUGGCCUCUUUCUGGAUUCGGUUUGGUGAAUGUGAAUGGUCCGGCCAUCCUCCAGUGGCCUGAGGUGGUGUGCUAUGGGGGCGGCACGACUGUUCUGGCCAAGAACCAAGAUCAGACUGUGGAAGAAACCACGUGGUGCAGCGAGAAUACCAAGAGUACCGUAGAGCAGUAGGCUCUUAGUGGUUGACGUGAGGCCCUUGGUGAUGGGGUCGUAGCACCUGCCUGGCAGCGUCACUCUGACACCAUGUCAUCUGCUUGAAUGCCCUGGAAGGACAGAAUAUUGAAAAAUAUAUCCAGGUGCUAAAUAGGCAGGGGAUCUCAUUCACACUGGACUACCUUUGAGCUAAUAACUGUCUUCAGAAAAUAAUUUUACCCCAAGAAGUGCUCCAGCUUUGCAAGGAAUAGCCCCAGGAGGGUAAGAGGAUAAGCAGGCUGUUCCCCUUGGAGAAAAUCUAGUGCAAGGAGGGCUGAUUCACAGCAAAUUCACUGCCCCCUCCCAUGCACAUGGCCGAGAGUACCAGUUGAUCUUCACCCUCUCUUGUGCUAAACCCAGAUUCUGAGGAGUCAGAAUCCCGGACCAUGUUUUCUAGGUGGCCAGCAGCCACUUCCUGGCAACCGGUGUCCACAUUACAAUGAAAGUUACUUGCCAUCUCUGUUCUAGUGGCAUGCGUCUCAAUGGCAUAAGCAUUCUGGAAGACCCUUUUCCGGGCAUAGUUGUCCCUUGGGGGAACAGCCGCAAGAACAGGUGCACCAUUGUGUGAGAUAAGCUGACAGAGAGGUAACACCACCCUCCCCCUGAGGAAGACACAACUUCUGGGCCUUCUUGGCCUUCGUGCUUUCUGGGGUAUUUCCAUACGCAACAGCCCAGAGGCAUUAGCCUCGGGCAGCCACAGACAGACGUCCUUUCACUUCCAGACACAUAUAUCACUUUCACGGCACUUUCACGGUAUGGGAAUGGAAAUACCUACAAGAGUGAAGGUCAAGGGCUCUCCCCGGGUAUCUCAUUCAUUACUCCGCUUCCUUUGGGACCGCGUCAGCCAACCCACUGCCAGCUCUGCUUCUCAUCCUCGUUGCUUCUGCCUCCAUACAAAUGAAACCAAAGGCCUUAGCGUACCUUGGGGCAGGUAAGAGGGGUGGCUGUUACCUAGUGGUCCUCUCUCUCCCAUUAUGGGUGCAGGGUACCCCAAACACACAUUGCACCACUUCUCCCAGAUACAAUCCUAGGAAGCUCAUUGUCUUCAUUUGAAUUAACGUUUCACUGUGGGACUACCUGGGCGGAAGCAGGAUCAUUGCAUGACUUCAGAAAGUUCUUAUUGCCGCAGCUCCCUGGUGCAAGACACCCGACACUGAUCUCACAUCUAAAAAGGAAAGAGGCCUUUGGUUGUGUGAGGCAGUGUUACUACACUCGAGCUUCACGCGUUCCCCAGCCUGCCCUAGUCCAUUUCCAUCUCUGAUUGGCCUUCAACCACCGGGAUCCAAAGAGAAGCCAAGGUUCUGCCCACGUCUGAUGAUGUGAGAAGAAUUCAACUUUCCUUGCCCAAAGUUCCACCCUGCCUAUUCCUCCCCAGUCACACAUCCUUCACCAUGCCAGUGCUUCGAACCAAAGCAUGAAGGACAUGUGCCAGCAGAAAUACUCUCUAGAGCCAGGCAGAUGGGCCCCGAAGAAUGGUCCCAGAGAAACCAGACUGGCCCCGAUAGAUAGCAGGCAGCCAUCCCAAUAAACUUGGACAUGUCCUUGGCACUGAGAGCCUGGGUAGGAGAUCCUGGGGUAGCUGUGCCUACUGUUCCCCCCACCCACCCCCCAAAGAUCUUCCUGCCCAGAGAGCUAGGAGCCCUGGGUACUACUGAGUAUGUUACUGGUUACUGGUUUGUUGGUAUGAAAUGCAAGCUAGCUUUGUAGGGGCCAACAGGUAAAGAAGCCUGUCUACAUGGCAGGCAGGUGGCUGUGUGUCUAGAAAGCUUUGCCUAGGCAGUCCAGCUGUGGCCAGGGGCUGUUUUUGAAUUUCAACUCCCUGAGCCCAUCUGCAACUCUGCCUCUGUUCUCUUGCAUUUUGUUUGGUUUCCCGUUAGUUUCCUAGUAAAUGUUCCUUUUGAAAAAUUCCAACCUUGUCUCAUUGAACUUGGGGGGAAGGGGGUUCACCAUUGUCUUUCCCAGGAUAGAGAAGGAAAUUAAUAUGCCUUGAAAAAAAUGGAAAUGGCAGUGAGAGGGUCAGAUCUUAGGAAAAGACCUUGCGGAGAGCUGGUGCCAAGAGAUGGGAGAGGCCAAGUGACCCCACCCACCCGGCACGGAUUCUCAGCCCCUCCUCUCGCUGCCUUUGUCUUCGAGCUGCUCUGUGUUGGACGCAUGUAGCUGCCAAACCAUCUCCCCAGCAGUGCGCUGGGCACAGUCAGCGGGUGACGCGAUGUCCGGGAGGUACACUGCUGCAUGACCGGAGGAGGAACGAGGGAGGGAGGGAUAGGAGUGGUUUCUAUAGUGUGGUUUCUAGAGUUUUCAAAGUGCUCCAGCAAUCAUGACUCUAAAUGGAAUGACUUAGUCUUCAUGACCAUCAAUAGAACUAAAUUUCAGGUGAAAAGAAGAAAGUCUUGCAUGUUCUCCUACUUCAGCCAAGGAGACUGACAAAAGACAGACAUGGCAAGCUGUCUUCACGGCCAUCCUGUCCUGCACUGGUGGCUGUUGGAGUUAUCUGUAGCUGCAUAACAGCACUACAAAGCUGACCGGGUUAGAGGGAAAGUUACUAUCCUUCGUGGUCAUGUGGGUUGGCUGGACUUAGGUGAUAGCUCUCUCUUGGAGUCUCAGGGCUGCUUUCAGAUGGCAGCUAAGGCUGCAUCUGAAUGCCUGACGGUGGAAUGUUCCUGAUGGGUUCAUCACUCACAUGUCCGGCUCCUUCUCUGGGAUGACUGGUUGGGCAUCUCUCUCCACAUGAUUAGCUUGGGCUUCCUCACAACAGGAGGUCUCGAGGUGGCCAGACCGUUGGCACAGCACCGGCUUGCCCCAGAGCUAACAUCGCACGUGGUCCCAGUAGAUGCUGCAUGGUUCUUCUCAAUAACGUGCCAAGUAACACAGUCAUCCCUGCCACACACCACUGGUCAAGAGCAAGUCGUCUCAUCGGGCCGGCCCGGAUAUGGGGGAAGGGUUAUACGAGAAUGGACCAUGAGCAGCUGUGGCUCACUAGGGCUACUUUGGAAAGAGCAGGGAGGGGGAGGGGACAUGGAGUCAGAGGGCUUCCUGGAUAGCUGUCGCUUUAAAAGCACAUGAUGGGUAGUAAGGAGGGCACGUAUUGCAUGGUGCACU